UCCACCGGCACUCAAUAUCAGUUUCUCUCAUUUGGAACGAAUGUAUUCGUAUCUAUGUAUUUGUAUUUCUUAUAAGUAGUUGUAGUGUGGCGUGUAUUUGUAGGUUUUCUUUUAUUGUAUGAAUUUUAUCUCCAUUAAACAAACGCUCCUCUGUGGCGUUUUGUUAUCGUACGAAAGAGUACAGCAACGGUACGGUGCGGUGUGGUGCGAUGUUGGUGAGUAUAAGUAUCAGCAGCGUACCAAGCAGCUAACACAACAAUGUACAAACAUACAUACAGACAAUACACAAUCGUUGUCGUCUCAGACGAUGAUUAUGACAGUUUUUACACAUUGUUGAUUCGGUUGAGGUUGGGGUUUAUUUUUGUCCGCUGUUUAUGGUCUUCUCUAGUUGGCCUGAGUAUGCGGGACUGAGAGCGUGUAUAUCGCGGUGGAGUAUACAGAUAUAAAAAAAAACGAAUGAAAAAAACAAACAGAAAAACAAACAACAAAAAGAAAAACAAAAAAUAAAUAACUUAAAUCCAAAAAAUAACACACAGAUCUUUUUUUAAUUUUAUGUGUUUCAUUCAAUUAUUCUCAAACGAUCGGUCGUAUUUAUCAAGUGUGAUCGAAAAGUGUUUUUGUUCAAAAUUAAAUUUGAUAUAAAAUUCAUAUGUAGAUCGAAAUACGCACGGGAAAUUGUGAAAAUUGUAUGUGAUUUAUAGUGAUUUUCAAAAAUAUUGCACAUUCAAGAAGGAAAAUGAGAGACGUAUGACUUUCAUACACACAUACAUACAAAUGUACAUACAUAUAUGCAAACAUAGAUACAUCCAUGCAUAUCUUAUCAAUUCGUAGUGAAAUGAGGAAAAUACACAAAUAAUAUUAAAAAAAUAAAAGAAAAAAGACAAGCACGUGACUGUAACAAGUUGAAGAUUACGCAAAACAGACAACGAAAACCUCAAACUUCCAUGUACAAAAACAAACAAGAGUUAUUGAGAAUUUUUCGAGCUUAGCCCAAGUGUAAAGAAAAACGCUAAAUUAGUCACACUGAAAACAAAAAUUAAGACAAAUGUCAAAACAAUAAACAAUCAAAACUGAAAUCUGUCAAAACUUAAUAAAUGUUUCAAAAAAAGCCCUGCAAAACGGAAAUUAAUUUAAAAAUUCAAAUUAAUUCUCACUGAAAUAAAACAAAAAAUAAAGUAGAAAAAAAGCGAAAUGAAAUAAAUAAAUAAAUUUACAUUUUAAAUGUUACAAGAAAUCAAAUAACAUUAAUAAUACAAAAAAACAACAACAAUAACAAAUAAGUGCAUUGACAUUCAAUUCAAACAAACAAACAUAAUAACAACAACUUUCGUUGUUUCAAAAUAAAACUAAAAAUCUGUGUAAACAAAAAUAAAAUAUAUAAUUGUAUAAAGAAACAAAUUAAUCUAUUGUUAAUAAUUAGUGAAAAUUAAGCAACAAGAAACUAAUUUUUAACCAUUCUAUAAUGGAAUAUAAUGAAGGAAACCGAUACUGAAACUUCAGUAAUAUGGCCAUCAUGGUGCUAUACCGACAAUAUUCACCGUAAUGUGUUAAAGGAAUGUGUUGAAAUAGAAAAGGACUUGUAUACUAAUAUCAACAGAGAAUCAAAUGUUCUGUCCUUAGGAAACAUUACAGACACACAGGAAGUGACAAGAGAAAGAGAACAUAUAAAAUCUACAAGUGGUUGUAUUACAAGUCAGACACCUACCCCACCAACAGCACCUAUUGCACCGCCAUCAAUAACACCGAUCACAAUCGUUGGGGAGAAGAAAAUGCUCAGCGAACGCUCUUUACUAUUGAGUGGCUACAGUAACAACAAUACAAUCGACAGUGUUAAAACGAAUUGUGAAAAAAGCAAUACACCACCCUUGAGUGGGGAUACAUCGCCGGUACAGGGGGCCGGUCUCACUAUUACACCUACAACAACAGCAGCAGCGGCAGCUGCUUAUCUCUAUUUGGAAAAGGUGAAAAAUGAACGAAUGUCACCACGUGUGACAGCAGCACAACUAGAUUCCCUAAAGGAUGCUAUUAUGGAAUCAUCAGCUGCAGCAGCAGCAGUUGCUGCUGCAAUGGUAAACAAUAACAAUAGUAAUUCUAUCAAUAAUAACAACAAUCACAAUAACAGCAAUAGCAUCAACAAUAACAGUAGCAUUGGCUCAGGCAGUGGCAGUGCUAGUAAUUGCAGUAACAGCAGUAGCAGCAUAAACAACAAUUUAGUCAAUAGUCAGCUUCAAAAUCAAAUUGCCAAUAAUUCUAUCAACAAUACCAGUGAUGAAUUACAGAGUCAUUCCCUGGCACAAUCCUGCAGUCAAACACACCAACAACAACAACAGCAUCAGUUUCAGAUUCAGAAGCAAUCGCAUCAACAUCAUCUCCAUCACCAAACACAACAACAGUCAUUACACAUGAGCAGCAAUCAUGUGAAAAAAGAGAGACUUAGCCCUGGCACUAACGGUGAUCUCCAAACGACAUUAUCAAGAUCGCGUAGUACAACACCAUCAUCAUUUCGCGGCACGUCGCCACAACAAUCUGUUCACAGUAGUCCGUCCGAAACCCUAGUACCAAUGCAUAAUCUCUCUACAAAUCUGCUGAAUAGUAUUCAUCAGGCAGCUGCCUCAAGUCGACAUGGAAAUUUAAGUGUUUCUUCGCCUGGCAUAACGAAUGCAAAUUCAGGACUACCGGCCGAUUUUCCUACUCGAAAUUAUUCGGAUUUUAUGCGAAGUUUGGCAGCCAAGUAUAAUAAUGCAAAUCCCAAUGAUAACUUGAAGCGGAAUGCAUUGUUUGAGGCAACAUCAAAUAAUAUAAAUAGCCAAAAGAAGGCAUCAACAGCAGCACAAAAGACAUCUUAUGCACCAUCACCCACCGCCCCAAUUAAUAAGGAAGUAUCCAUAACGACUACCUCUACACUACCUCCCCCUCCACCGUUGACAUCAGCAGCCAUUUCACCAGGCGAAUCAGCUCUUAAACUGACACAACAGAAUAAACUCGCCGCUGCAGUAGCAAAUGCAGCGGCUGCCUGUACCAGCAAUGUUUCGCCAUAUAUGACUUCGUUUCUAUCCAGCCUACCAUUUUCGUCUGGAAUUUUUCCUCCGCUUAUAGACAUGAGCAGCACUCAGGCAUUAAUAACUUUGGCUCGGGCAGCCAAGGAAAAUGAAAUACACAACAUUUUGAGUGCCUCAUCACAACAUCCAAAAAGAUCCGCAGCCAGCAAUUCGCCCUCACCUAGUCCAAGUUUGAAUAUGGCCCUUCAGCAGGCAGCACAAUUUAUUUCACCUGCACUCAUCUACUCUGCUCAACUGCAGAAACAGCAGCUGCAGCAGCAACAGCAAGCUUCAAGGCAAUCUAGUCCACGUUUAGCAAACAUUUCAAAUUCCACCACGACCAGUUCCACGUCUGCCAAAAAUAAUAGGAAUCUUGGUGAUAAACUGAAUGUUUCACCAUUAGACUUGAGCUCUCAGCCUCCAGCAUCUAAACGUUUCAAGGCUGAAUCCACAUCAAGCCAAAGUAGUAACGAUGGCUUAAUACAUACCACCAUAACAAGAAGAGCGUCGUCUUCAACUGCCACAACGUCUCCAUCACCCCCGCCCCUUAAUGAAAAGUCUUUGAAUAUGAAUGCUUCUAUUGCUUCUCCUGCUGCAACAGCUUCUGCCGUUGUUGGCUCCAGUACAAAGACAGAAGCAACUACAACAGCAUUUACGCCAAUCAAAGUCGCCAGCUCAACAUCUGCCACAUCAUCCAUUGCACCUGCGGUUACUGUACGUCAAUGUCAAGCCCAGAGUGAAGAGUUGAACUCUUGGACAGUGGAUGAUGUUUGUGCAUUUGUAGGCAGCAUAGAUAUCUGUGCCGAAUACGUAAAGCAUUUUCGUGAGCAAUGCAUUGAUGGAUCUGGUUUGCCGUUGCUAACCGAAGAUCAUUUGGUAAAUUCGUUGGGCAUGAAAUUAGGACCAGCUCUUAAAUUACGUUCUGUGUUGGCGAAGAAAUUGGGCGGUCCUUGUCCGUGCGUGUCGUGUGUUGCACAAGUUCAACAGGUGUUGGCUUUGCAAACUGGUGGUAUGACAGCAGCAGCGGCAACGAUUGCAACGCCAACAACUACAAGCGAUCAUACAACAAGCAGCAGUUCCGCAAAUGUUACUGCAAUUGGUAGCAGCAGUAAUAGUAGUGGUAGUUGUAAUAGUCAUUUACCAAAAAAUCCAUUAUCGACCAGCAGUAGCACGAAUUGUAGCAACUACAACAGUAGCAACUCUGUUAACAAGAAUGAAAGUACAACAGCAGCAACAACAACAACAAGUUCUACAAAUACCAUUUUCACAAAUAGCUCAACUACAAAUGUUUGCAAUAACGAUGCCAACACAAACAACACACCCAGAAGCAAUAGCAAUUGUAAUACUAAUGUUGGUCAUUUUUCAUCACCACCACCAUCAUCAUCUGCAGCAGCAGCAACAGCACCAAUAACACAGCAACCACAACAACAUCAUCUUCAUCAACAGCAACAUUCACCUUCGCAAAAUAUUUGCAGUAACGACAACAGCAAUCCUACUACCUAUCGUCACGACAAUGCUGACUCCAGCAGUUAGUUGAUUAUUUUGUAUCUGAAAUUAUUGUUGCAAUUCCUUACUAUCAAAUGGACUGGAAUGAAUGUUAUGCAAUCAAUAUUUGUAAUGCCAAGUGAGUGGACUGUACAAGGACGUCAGACAGUGUCACACAUUGAAAGAAAACUAAAUACUUCCUUCCCUAUACUUAUGAGAGUAUAUCCUCUCGUCCAGUUUGAAAUAUAGAUUAAAAAUGAGACCUCGCCUCUUUCAUUUAUUUAAUUUGAUUUUCAAUCUUCGGUUAUCGUUUAAUCGGUCGAUUCUGUCGAUUAAAAUAAUGUUUGAAAAAUAAUAAAUGAAAAUGAUUAAUAUAAGUUAUUGCUGAAAAGAAGUCAAUUUAAAUGUUUGUUUUAUAAAAUUUAGUUAAAAUUAGCUAAUUAGCUUACUGAGAUUCUCCAGAGAUCUCAUAAUGUUAAUCGUGCUAGUAAAAUAUGAAAGCGAUAAUUUUCAAUUAUGGGAGGCUAUAUACAUGGUUAUAUAUAUGCCUUGGCAUUGAUCGAGUAUUUCUUAAUAUUAGAAAAUAAAUAAUAAACCAAGUCCACUUAUAUUUAAAAUUCGUAUCAUUCUAACUUCAAAAUGGUUAGUUUUUAAAGAUUUUGAGCAAAAAUGUGCAAUUUUGAACAUGACCAUAUCCGAUUUCAAUGAAAUUCGACAGACAUAUUAUUUGCAUAUAAAUUUUUUGAAAAUGUUUGACAUUUAGCAAAAAUCUUAAAACUAUGAUCUUUGAACUUUGAUAAAAUUUUAUUUGUAAUGAAAUUGAAAAUUUUGAAGAACUUUAGAGGAUAUGGUGCGAUACCUCUUCGAAUUAUUUUGAAACGAUUCUAAUGUAAAUAUAAAUUUGUCGAAGAAUGGUUUGCUUAAAUUAAAGUUUCAGAAUUUCAAAUUAAUUAAAUAUGUAAUUCGCUAAUGAAAGUAGGAGGGACUUGUCAUUUUAACUACAUUUCGUAGAUAUUGUAAAUAUUAAUAAUAUGCACAACUAAUCUUUUAAUCUAUUUUUGUUUUUAUGACUUUAUAUUCUCUAUGCAAAGUCCUGUUUUGUACACCAUUAAAUGAUGACAUUAUUUACAUUUACUUGAACAACAACUUAGAACUUAAAAUUGCAAAAGUCGUCCAGAAAAGUUAAAUGUAUGUACAUAUUAAAUGACUUUGCAUAUCGUACAUACAAUAUUUACUAUAAUUUUAAAUGAAUACAAACAAAAUGUAAAUAUAUUAUUUAAAUAUUAUUUUUAAAAAUCCUUAAAUACCAAAAUGCCUUAAAUAAAAAUUAAUUAUUUUAAUUGUGUUUUUUAGUUAAUUUUAAUUAAAAACAAACAGCAACAAUCGCAAAGUCUUCCAAUCAUAAAAGAUUAUUAAAUAAAAAAUAAAAGCAAUUUAAAUUAAAUAAACAAAAAAACACAAGUAAAAUCAUGCAUUAAAUGUAUGAUUCUAACAACAUAGAAAUAAAAUUCUAAUAGAUACUUAUGAAUUUAAGUGAUUUUUUUUUAAAUGAAAAUAAACUUUUUAAUAACAAAAAAAAAUUACAAAUUUUAUAGUCAAUUUUUAAAUUAAGUUAUAUUUUAUUUGUCGUUAUUUUAUUGAACUUAUUUUUAAUAUUAAACUUAAACUUUAACAACUAAAACAACAUUAUUUACUUACAUAAAACAAUAAAUUAUAACAAAAGAAAAGAAAACCCAAGUGUACUUAAGAUUUACAAAACUUUGAUACUUUUAUACAUUUAUGUAUUUUAUGUAUUAAAAAUAUAUAAAUAUAAAAAAAUAAUAUGUAUAUGCAUAUAAAUUAAGGAAAUAGAUACAUAGUAUAUUUAAAAAUAAAUAUAAAUAAAUGGCACACAUUCAUUCACACUAUGGAAAAACAACAAAUAAUUAUACAAAUGUACUUGUAUUCUUACAUACAUACCUUUACUUUUAUUCAUUAAUUGUAUGAAUGCACGUACAUAUGUUUAUGUAUAUCAAUGAGUGUGUGUGUGUUACUGCAUAAAUAAUACAUAUAAAUUAUGAAUAUUAUAUUUUUUAUUCUAAAUUAAUGAAAUGAAUUAAAAUACAAUCUAAUGUCUAACAACUAGUCACUAAAAAUCAAAAUUUGUUUUAUUUAAUAAAUGAAAAAAAAGUUAUAGAGAUCUAUUAAUUAUUUCCAAUAUUAAUUCGAUUAAAACUAUAUAAAUAUAAAAUAUAUGAAUAUUUUUAAAC